AUGGCCCUCGUCUGGGAGUAUUUGCUAAUAUAUCCCAAAGAGCCACGUAGAGUGACCCUCAACAAGGGUUCAUCAGGGCUUGGCUUCAACAUUGUUGGUGGUGAGGAUGGGGAAGGUAUCUUCAUUUCCUUUAUUCUUGCUGGUGGACCUGCAGAUCUCUCAGGUGAACUAAGGCGAGGAGACCAGAUCCUUAAUGUAAACGGCACCGACUUGCGGAAUGCAACACAUGAACAGGCAGCACAAACACUCAAGGGAUGUGGGCAGACAGUAAACUUGACGGUGCAAUAUAAACCUGAUGAGUACAACCGCUUUGAGGCCAAAAUCCAUGACCUUAAGCAACAGAUGAUGUCUGGCACUCUCAGAACCACUCAAAAGCGUAGUCUCUAUGUCCGAGCAUUGUUUGACUAUGAUCCCAACCGUGAUGAUGGUCUGCCUUCCCGAGGUCUUGCCUUUAACUAUGGAGAAAUUCUUCAUGUCACGAAUGCCUCAGAUGACCAGUGGUGGCAGGCUAGACGUGUUCUUCCAACUGGAGAAGAAGAAGGCACAACAGGUAUCAUUCCUUCAAAAGCACGUUGGGAGAAGAAACAGAAGGCACGGCUGCGGUCAGUUGCUUUCCAGGGCAAGAACAACAGUGAUGCAAGGCAAUCAACACUAGAACGGAAGAAGAAGACAUUAUCUUUCAGUCGAAAAUUCCCAUUCUUGAACAAGAGUAAAGACGAUAAGUCUGAAGAUGGAUCGGAUAAUGAGCCCUCCAUAGCAACAAAUGACGGAGAGAGUGAUAGCCGAAGCAUGCGGGGAGACGACUACAUCAUCCUGAGUUAUGAGGGCGUACAACAAAUAGAGAUCACUUAUACGCGACCUGUGGUGCUCCUGGGACCCUUGAAGGACAGAAUCAACGAUGACCUCAUAUCAGAAUUCCCAGACAAAUAUGGCAGCUGUGUUCCACACACUACUCGACCUCGGCGAGAAUAUGAAGUUGAUGGACGGGACUACCACUUUGUAGCUUCCAGGGAGCAGAUGGAGAGAGACAUACAGAACCACCUCUUUAUUGAAGCUGGGCAAUAUAAUGACAAUCUGUAUGGUACCUCUGUUGCUUCAGUCAGAGAGGUGGCGGAGAAGGGCAAGCAUUGCAUCUUAGAUGUAAGUGGGAAUGCUAUUAAGAGACUGCAAGUUGCACAACUCUAUCCUAUUGCCAUCUUCAUCAAACCAAAGUCUGCUGAACAAAUUAUGGAAUGGAAUAAACGGAUGACAGAUGAUCAAGCUCGUAAGACAUAUGAGCGUGCUCUGAAAGUAGAAGUAGACUUUGGAGAAUAUUUCACGGCCAUUGUUACGGGAGACACUCCUGAGGAAGUGUAUGCACGUGUGAAGGAUCUGAUUCACCACCAUGCUGGUCCAAAGAUAUGGGUCACAUGUAAGGACAAGCUAUAAAGAAAGCCCUCUCUGGGCCUUAUGAUGCUAGAAUAAUUUGUUGCAUGAUGGACAGGUGUUAUUUCCAUUAUCAGAACUAUUACUGAAGCUUGAAAAAAGAUGUUGCUAAUUCAGUCCCUCAAGCUUGGUAUAUCCAAGUAAAUCAUAUCUCCCACAAAUUAUAUACCUUGAAAAAGAUGGGAAGGUCUCCCAAGUGGGCUGAUGACUUUCCCAAUUAUGGGCUGAUUGCCUAUUUAACUCUCAGUGAACUUCUGGAUUUUUGAAGAUAUUAUUCAAGAGAUAUUAUGCUCAUAUAUCUCACGUGGUGAAACUUGUACUUUAGAAACUUUUAAUUGUAUUAUAACAAAGUUUUAUGCCUUUACUACAGCAUGGAGAGGAGAACAUGUAUCAGCCAGUACUGGUUGGGUGAUCAGCUGUUAUCCAGUCCCAGGCUGAAUUGCUGGUUCAUAUAUACAAUGAUUUUUAAAGUGUUAUCAGAUAAUUUCCUUAUCUAAGCCCAUUUGACUCAGGAGUGAUAUCAGCUGAUAAGGACCUUCAUCAUUGACCUUGUACAAAAGAAAAAGUGUAUCAACAGUUUAUAUUAGGUAUGCAAUGUCUGGGGAAAAGGAGGAUGAGAGAUGUCUAGGUUUCUUUGCUUUAGAAUUUACAGUUUUCCCUCAUAUUAUUUUCAUAUUUCCAUCAGUUAUUCUACAAACAUUUGUAAGAAUCCAUUCUGUAGAUGUUGUUAUAGAUACACAGGAGGAAGUGUUCAAUGUUAUUUUCUGAAUACAUGUUAGACUGUGCUGAUUUAGAUUAGUAAUCUUCAACCUUUUAGUAUGUUUUUAAUAAGAUAUGAAUGUUUUCCCAAGAAAUAUACCAGUAAGAGCCUAAUAUUACCAGCAAUCUCAUGGAACUUUUGAGAAAUCCAGCAUUGCAUUUCUGAUAUGAAUUGCAAGUGAUGAAUUACAUAAAUAUAUUCCCUUGUGAAAGUUCACAUUGGUAAUGACAAAUUGACAAUACUUUAUUCUCUUAUGAUGAACACCAGUAGUUGAUGUCUGAUCAGUAUGUUGGUUUGUGUAUAUGGAAAGUAGAAUUCCAGCCUUGCCAUGUGGACUUAACUGAAAGGAUUAUUAUCGUUAUUAUAGAGGAUAUGUCUAAAAGUGCCGAUUGAUUAAUGGUGCAUAGAACCAUAUGAUUUAUUUGAUAAUGAACUCUCAGGAGAAGACUUCCUCCUUCAGAUAUUGCUUGAGCUAAGCCUCAGAAACUGAUGCUGAGGCACGAAUGAGAAACCAAAGUCGUUAAAGUGACAGACCCAGCUAUUUCCUCCCUAACAGAAUUCUUAAGUAGGGUUCAUAAUCUGUCUUAAAUAUGAUCAUAAGUGGGCCCUAAGAGAAUGCUAUUUAUGGUUGAAAUUUGCUGAUUAUGUCACAGAUGUUGAUGCUGUAAUCUCAUACUUUGUUUAGAACUAGUGCUUUAGGCCAUGUCCAAGAAUGAUAGAAUUCUUAGGUUCUUGAUAUCUUAGAUGGAUAAUAUUGUGCAAAGGAUGUAGUAGUAAAAUUUAUCAAAGUUAAGCAAAAAGAACAUGAGUCAGUUGUAUCAUUUGUGUACAUGGGCAUAGUCUUAUCUCUAUGAUCCUUCCCUGGUUGUUCGUAAUUGAGUGGCAGAGUUAGCUUGCUUUGGACUUCACCAGUUUAAGGGUUUUUAACUUAUGUUCUCCACAGGUAAAGUUACAAGAAUAUGAGCCUUACAGAGAAUCCUCAAACUGGCGAACAACCACUUAACUACUGUCCCACUGAAUGAUGUAUAAUGUGUUCAUGAUUUCAGUUGAAGAGAUGAAUGUCUGGUCACUUUUUGUUACAUGAACUGUUUAUGGUAUCAUAGUAUGGAUGAAAUGUUGAUAGGUUUUUAAGGUUAUGUCCUCCCUGUGUCUCAGCCAUAGGCAACAUUGUUGACUGAUGACCCUUUAGAAACCUUAGGACAAGUUGAUACACAUAAAAAGCAAGAUACAGUCUUGGUCAUGACUUGAACAAUAGAUACAGACAACAGCCAGUGAUCUCUGAUUACUUCAGAGUUAGUGUAUUGGCCCCAAUGUAGUAUUGUUGUAUUGAAAACAGCAAUAUUAGUUAUCUUGAGCCUUACAUAGUCUUAAGUGAAGAUUAAUUUUCUUAUUUAAGAGUGGGAAAAUUAUUUUUUAUUUGAGGCACUUUUGUAAGGCUGAUGAUGUCAGUAUAUGAAAAAAAUAUUAUAUAUAUAUAUACACACCCCAUUCACUGAAGAUAUAAUGUUCUGACUUCAGUUCAAGUUACUUGAGAUGGCUUUGAAUACCUUGAUAUAAAGUUAAUGUAAUGUAAUCAAAACUUCUUAAAUGCUGGAGUCAUGCAAUAUAGAUUCUCUGGCUGAUAAAAAUGUAGCAGAUAUUUUAGAGUAAUGACCUACUUAAUGUAUUGAGGACUAAGCAUUAUAUUUAUGGUGAGUGGUUAGGGUGUAAGAUAUGUGAAUAGAUAUUGCUGUUGCGAUUUGAAACGGUUCGAAAAAGCACUGAAUCCUAGGACAAGAGAAAGAACGGUUAUCAUGUCGUUGUUACAAGUGUGAGUUUUACAAAUUAUUGUUAACAUAUUUUGUCAAUGACCUAUUUAUCUGUAAUACCUCUGAUCUAAGAAGUACUUUCCUUUGUUUUAGUCAUGGUGCCAUUGUACUUUUAUAAUUUUAUUUUAAUUACUCAUCUCAUCUUCAACUCUGCAUUGAUUGUAUGUAAGUUGAUGUCUGUAAAUAUGUAGCUUGCUGCAGUGGGAGCUUUGUUUUCAAUUUUUAUUAUGCUUUUUAAUUUAGUGCAUUCAGUUUUUAGCACAGGAUAUGUGCACUGUACAGUAUAUUAAUUUAUUAUUCAUGAUUCUAUUAAAACAGUUCUCCACAAGCUCCUUCUCAUAUCCUGUAAUUUCCUUAAUAUAUUGCUAUGAGCAUUAUUCCAAAUCUUCAUACAAGGGUUGUCAAGAUGUCUAAAAGAGACUUAUGCUAUUUACCCUUUUAGCUUGAUUCUCACAGUUGGUUGGUAAUGUAAAUGAAUGAAAAAGUAACGACUUUUAACUGAAAUUUGUAUGGUCUCCAUAGUCAGUGUAAUGAAAAUUUAAGUGAGGAACAAUAGAAAAUUAAGCUAUUUCAUACUAUGCUAUGCAAUAGUAUUGAUUUUAUAAUUUGUACGUUUUUUAUCUCGUUUAAUUCAGUGUAAUCAGGGCAGUGUGAAGAACUUUAUUAUAUAUGUGACCAGUACAUUACAGGAGAAUAAUUAAGUCUUGCUGAGAGCUCUGAUAAAAAAAAAAACAUGAAAGGGAGAAGCACCUUGCUUAUCAUUCAAAUAGGUGCUGUUUCUGAAGUUCACUAACAACUGGUACAAAAUGGUAAUCAGAAAAUUUGUGUGUGCAUACAUGUAACAGUUUUAGGAGAAAAUGAAGUUAGCCUUAUAGAAAACCCGUUUUUAGUUGCUAUGCGUACAUAUUAUGUUUACUCAUUGAUAUCAGAAGCAAUUACUAUUAAUUUUCUUGUUAUGAGUUUUGUUUUUAAUUAAUUAUUAGUCGAUAUAUUAACUAGGAAUUUCUUCCUUCAUAAUCAUUCCACACUGCUUGUAAGGCAAGAAGCAAAUAGAGAUAAAGGAAAUAUCUUUUUUUAUUUAUUUAUUUUUAUUUAUUUAUUUAUUUUUUUUUUUUUCUUAGACCUUAUGCAGGUUUUAUGCAUUUGGUUGAAAUGAAGAGAUCUUGGCAGGAGUCUAAGAAUUUUGAAAUUAACCCAAAUCAGUGUUUAACUUAAUACCAUUUAUUUACUUGUAUGCUCUACUUCUAUCUGCAUUCACAAAUAAGGGGUCAUUUCCAUUAUGUUUCACUCUUGAUCUUCACAUUGGCGCCAUGGCUACAACAAGUCCUCAGCAAACAACCUUAAACAUUCGCAGCUUCAGUGGAGUGCCAAGUGCAUCCUCUGACGACCUUCCCUCUUCCCCCCCUCCAUCCCCUGUACUGUAAAUACAACAUUAUCUCAAAGUAAAA